AGAGAAGCGUAGAGACGGCUGAUCAAAGUUGAAUUUGUCAAGCUCAAGAGGCUGUUUAAAGGCUAACGAUCUCUGUAGAGAAGCAUUCAAAAGCUUUUGAGUGCUGAUAGAACUCAACCUAACUAGCGCACCCUUCUUAGACCCUUUUUGGACCCUGCACAUAUCUAAUAAGAGAGGUGACCCUUGCAGGUCUGUGUUGUGAUACCUUCAUUUGAUCUACGUUUCUAGAUCCUCUGUGUGUGCAACCGAUACGAGUGUUUCCUCGGUCUGUGCGAUAGUUUACCCUCUGAGUGCCCCCCCCCCCCCCCCUUCCUGACAAUCUAUCCGGCACUGUUGCUCUUCAGUUUCACUAUGAAUAUUGGCACUAAUGACAGGGACCACCCCAUCUCCAGCCCCAUCAACACACCCUCUCCCAGACACUCUCCCCAUGGUGGCCCUGACAGACAGGACUCUUAUGAGCUGGGACACAGGACCAACUUCUCCCCAUCUCACAGUCCCCUCAGCCCUCAGUGUUUGGAGAGGCCGUUUGAUGAGCGCUCCCACAACAGACGUCCCUCAGACGAGGCCACGAUGAUCCUACGAAAAAUCUCCUCCUCUGGAAACUGUGGGGUGAGCCCGUUCACCAUGUUUGGCAACUCCCUGGGUGUGAAUCUCCCCGAGAACAAGACCCACUCCCUUCCCCCUGGGUUCAUGCCCAUGGAGAGCUCUUCCUACCAGGACUUUAUGGACAUUCCUAGGAUGACCCAACACAACACUCUGGGUCUUGGUGAGACUGGACGUAUGCUGUCAGCAGCCUUUAGUGAUUCCUACCUGCCCUCAGUGGGUAUGUCCAACGACCCUCUAGGCAACCUUGCCAUGGGAGGGGGUGGCUUGGAGGACCAACGUUUACUCUCCCCCGAGGACGGUCUCAUGCCUCCACUCACAGGACAGAUGCGUCAUCCCUCUGCCCCCCAUCUGGCCUCUAUUCUCUCUGGCUCUGCCUCUCUUGACAGGGGAGGACCUGGGGACACACUCACUGCUGCUGAAGAAGAGAUUCCCAUGCGUAAACGCAGCUGGUCGAUGCCUGCCAACGCUCACCUCCGCAUCAUGGCCCCACAGAUCAGCAUCUCCAGCCCCGAUGACCCCAUCGCUGCUAUGUUUCUCGAUCGUCCUCCUGAAACCAUUGGAGAGCCUACCAUUGGAGGCAACACCUUCAGUGAGCAACUUGGAAGAAAUCUGGAGGUCAGCAAGUGCCUUCAAGAAGCUCAACUCCCAGCUGAUCCCACCACUUGGACUGAAGAGCACGUGAGGUGUUGGGCCGAGUGGACAGUCAAAGAGUUUGGUCUCUCUUCUGUGGAUCUGCAGAAGUUUAGUCGUGUCAACGGUCAGUUCCUCUGCUUCCACUAUCGGUUCCUGGAGGCAGCUUUCAUUAAAGAGCACGGCAACAAAUUGAGCGAGUUUCUCGAGAGGAUUAAAGCAGUAGCUCCUCACCGUCCAGCUUUCCACUCCUCUGAGCCUUUGUUCCCCCACGAGUUUGAAUAUUCUCUGAGCUCGAUGAUCAGCAACAAUCACCAUCUCACUAGCCCUCCCCACGGCCAUGCUCCAGCCAUCACCAUUCAAGGCACGCUCUCGAGUGCACACAACUUCAUCCCCACCACUUCCCAAGCAAUGUCUGCCAAUGGUGCUCUCUUGUUCCCCCCACCUCCUCCAUACCGUCCCAAUAGCCCAGCUCUAUCGGACCGUUCCACCCCCUACUCAUCCCCCGUGGGAUCUCCAAUGCCCUCUCCUGGUGCGUCUCCUUUCUACAGCCCCAAUGCCUCCCCCUGCCCCAGCCCCUCCCCUCCAAUGAGACCUCACAAUCCGUCUGGAUCAGGGCCCAUUCAGCUGUGGCAGUUCCUGCUCGAGUUGCUCACCGAUCGUGACUGUCAGAAUUGCAUUGCAUGGACCGGUCGAGAGUGGGAGUUCAAGCUGAUUGACCCUGAAGAAGUGGCCCGCCGAUGGGGCUCGAGGAAGAACAAACCAAAGAUGAAUUACGAGAAGCUCUCCCGCGGCUUGAGGUAUUACUAUGACAAGAACAUCAUCCACAAAGUCCCCGGGAAGCGUUAUGUUUAUCGGUUUGUGUGUGACCUGGAGAGUAUGCUGGGCAUGUCCUUCACAGAAUUGCAGCAUCAACUAAAGGGAGAGCCCAGUGACAGCCGACCAAUCAGGAUCGAACGGCAUCCGUACCCAUCACAAGCUCUUCUCUCACAAGCAGCCAACUUUGGUGCCGACUUGCAAAGCCUGAGUCUGAAUUCGGCAAACUCGAUUCCGUCUCCUCUUCCUUCUCCUUACUCCGUUUCUCCUGGUCUCUCUGGGUCUCCAGUGGCACAUUAUGGAGCCUACUUGCCAGAGUUUCCCAAUUAAAUACUAAACUUUCUAGCAGGCAGGUCAUUAUUGAGAAGAAAUUUACUAAAUUGUUAUGACAUUGUAGACCAAGACAUAUGUUUUGUCUGAUAUAUGUUACUUAGAAAUGUUGCCCUCACCAUACACCAAGUUAUACAGUUGUUUUGUAAUCACUGAUUCUAUGCUUUUUCCUUUUUGUGUAAAUAUAGUGUACAAAUGCAUCAAUCACAUUGUUGUUGUCAUAAAUAA